AUGUCUGACGGACCGAAGGGGAAGGGCUUCCCUGAUGUCUCCGCAAAACUAUCCGCGCUUCCAAAGAAAUCGCUCUUUGAGCGUCAAAAGGCUGAGGCCGAGGCGAAACGCAUCCGAGAGCAAGCCGAAAAUGCCGCAGCACUGGAGGAUUUCGUUAAAUCUUUUGAUGAUGAGGCUCCCGCUGGACAUCUGCCCUCCGAUGGACGGUUGAAUACACAUGGAGGCAGGGGUGGUGGAUUUGGAAUACCUUCCAAAAGACACUUCACAGGAUCUACCUCACGCAACAGUGGCCCGGGAACUUUGGGUCCCCCACCUCCAACACUUUCCCGCAAACGUCCCCACGAAGGCUUCUUCCCUGCCUCACAUCGUGAUCAGCCAAGAUUUGAAAGCGCGAAUAUGUCUUCUGGACCCACUCCAUCAUUCGGGGCCCCUGAGGCUGACAAGACAAUUGAGGAGGCGGAGAGAGCUGCUGCUAAGCCAACCUUAUACCUUGCGUCACUUCCUCCCGGGACAUCUCCAUCAGUCAUCAAAGCUUUGAUGCCCUCUGUUUUAGCCGUAGACGAUAUCAAGAUUCUACAACCACCCGGACAGACUACAACAGAAAAAAGAUCUUCUGCUGCCAUUAUUAUCCUUGCAAGCGACACAGCCGCUUCGGACAUCGACACCACCGUGAGCUCUCUCCAAAACAAGUACCUUGGGUGGGGCUACUACUUGAAUAUCUCGCGACAUCUUUCUUCUGCUGCCAUCAGCUUGAAUAUGCCUUUGCCUGUCGGUCUUUCAUCAAGCUCUUCUCUACCUUUUGGCGCAAAGAAGGUUCAACCAAACAUUGGCGGAAGUCUGAAUCGCGCUCCCCCACCUGGAAUACACCAGGGAGGGUUCGCACCUCCGAGCUCAUAUGGGUCCAAUGCUGGUAGAAGCGGCCCAAGUACUGUGGUGGAGGUGAAAUUACCGUCAGACAUCAAACAACUGAGACUUAUCCACCUGACGCUUGAGCAUUUAUUGAACCACGGCCCUCAAUUUGAGGCGUUAUUGAUGAGCAGGCCAGAGGUACAGAAGGACGAAAAAUGGGCUUGGUUAUGGGAUGCGAGGACGACAGGUGGUGUGUACUACCGCUGGAAACUAUGGCAAGUGAUCACGAACCCCAGGACCGAAAAGGCCAAAGCCCACCAACCUGCGAUAAUAUUUGAAGGGGGCCCGACCUGGAUGCCCCCAGAGAGCGAUCUCAAAUUUGAAUACACCACUCGGCUAGAAGAUUUUGUUUCGGAUGAGGAUUACAACUCCUCUGACGAAGAAAACUCGGAUGGAGAAGAUGAACGGCGUAACCGCGGUGGAGCACCCUCGGAAGGGAUCGACGGAUACGGCGAUGGUCUUGGCUACAUGAACCCCAUGAAGAAGGCCAAGCUCACCCAUCUUCUUGCACGACUUCCAACUCACCAAGCAACACUUCGACGAGGUGAUGUUGCGCGUAUAACGGCAUUUGCCAUGGAGCACGUUGAAUCCGGCGCAGAGGAGAUUGUGGAUAUGAUUGUUCUGAAUGUUCUCAACCCACUGGUAUACACUGGGGCGAACCCAGAUUGUGAACUUGAGAAGGCGUCCGCCUCAACCAAAGAACCAUCUGAAACCGCAGAAAACAAGGACGACCCGGCAUCCAAAGAAUCAUCGGAAAUGACUACUGAUGAGAAAGAUAUUCUACCCAAGAAAGCAUUUGAUCCGUCCGGCUCGAAGCUAGUUGGUCUUUUUGUCAUCUCUGAUAUUCUCUCAGCCGCAAACAACAGUGGAGUGCGCCAUUCUUGGCGAUACCGCCAUCUGUUUGAAAACGCAUUCCGUACUCGAAAGGUUUUUGAACACCUUGGUCGACUCGAUAAAGAUCUCAACUGGGGACGGCUGAAAGCUCGGAACUGGAAGAAAAGUGUUGGUUAUCUUUUGGAACGGUGGGAAUUGACGAAUUGUUUCACUCAACUGAACCAGGAGCAUUUCGCUCAGGUACUCGAGAAGCCACCGCUUACCGACGCCGAGUCCCACAAAGAGGAAGAAAAAGUCGAGGCAGAAAAAGCUGCUGCUGCAUUUGCCAAGAGCAAAAAUCGAUGGAAGACAGUUGACGAAGAUGGGCUGGCUGGAAAGUUUGACCCUACUCGCCCUGUGAGUGAUGGCAACCGACAAGCCCGAUCCACUUUCACCGAGGACGAAUCAAUGAGCGACAUCGAUGGUGUCCCAAUGGAAGACAGUGACCACGAAUUGGAGAACGAUGAAGGAAACCCUGUGGACAAGGUCCAACUGCCAUCGGGCAAUGAAAACAUCCAAACUCAAUCAACCCAACAGCCCACUGAACCACCCAAGAAGCCCGAAGAACCAGCUGGGCAUCAAGAUCCAGAGACACGGCGACGCAGGCCACGGCCCAAAGCUGAGGACAUGUUCGCAUCCGACUCGGAGUGA